AUGGUGCCGGGCGCGCGGGCCUGGUGGUGCCGCCGCUGGCUCUGCCCUACGCCGCCGCGCCGCCCGCUGCCUACGGCCGGCAGUGCGCGCAGGGCCUGGAGGCUGCGGGCGCCGGGGGCUACCAGUGCAGCGUGCGCGCCAGGAGCCUGUACACCGGGGCCGAGCGGCCGGCGCACAUGGGCGUCCCCCACCACCCGCACUGGACGAGGCCCUCUCGGACCACCCGAGCGGACCCACAUCGCCCCUGAGCGCCCUCAACCUCGCCGCCGGCCAGGAGGGCGCGCUCGCCGCCGCCGGCUAUCACCACCAGCAUCACGGCCACCACCACCCGCAGGCGCCGCCGCCCCCGCCGGCUCCCCAGCCCCAGCCGGCACCGCGGCCCAGGCGGCGUCCUGGUAUCUGAACCACAGCGGGGACCUGAACCAGCUCUCCGACCACACGUUCGCAGCCCAGCAGCAGACUUUCCCUAACGUCAGGGAGAUGUUCAACUCCCACCGGCUGGGGAUUGAGAACUCGACGCUCGGCAAACUCCAGACCCGGGAGCAGAGAGAGCGCGCGCACCAGCCUCAGCCCUCCGCGAAGCUGCAGGUGACUUUAAUUCGCCGCCUCGUUUCUGAGAUCCCAAGAGGCCCCAGUACAGGGACGCGGCCCAACGAAAUGAAUAAUGAUUUUUAAAUCCCCCUCCCCUUCCAGGAUGGCUGUGCUCACUGCUCCACUCGGGGUUUCAAAAAUUAUAACUUAUGGACCAAAUCCCGUAGCGACCCAGUAAUGACUCUCUGUAGAGACCCCCAUAGACCUCUGGGGGUCUCUAGAGAUUAUGUAUGAGCUGUGUGUAAUUUUAAAUUUCUCUAACCGUGCUGUACAAAUGUGUGGAUUUGUAAUCAGGCUAUUUUUUUGUUGUUUUUCAGAGCCAUUAAUACAAUAUUUAAAGUUGAGUUCCCUGGAUCAUUUCUCAUCUUGCCCGACCAUUUCUAACUGCCAAAGUGAAAAUUCAAGAAACCCAUGUGGGGUUUCCCCCCGUACAAUUAUGAGAUAUAAUUCUUUUCCCAGUUGUAGGUCUUUUACAAAACAAGAAAAUAAUUUAUUUUUUGUUGUUGGUGGUGGAUAAAGAAGUCAAGUAUCUGAUACUUUUUAUUUACAAAGUGUGAUGGUGUUGUAUAGUAGAUUCCUCCCCCAGCAUUCCUAAAAGAAAAAAAAAAAACCACUAAAAAUUUAACUUGACCUGUGUUUGUCUUAUGUGGUCUUAAUUGUUGUACUUGCCUUAAAAUAAACCCAUAUUGUUUUUCUGCCCCCCACAAAAAAAAGAGUUAUGAAUAUAAACACUUUUUAAUUAUAAAAAUAUUUCCAACAUUGGCAGCAAGAUACGAACUCCACAAAGUGAGAGCGGUGCUUAAUGAGGUGUGCCUGCACUUACUUGGCUGAACAAGCCUUGUGCAAGGCACUGGCCUUUCCCAAGCAGGCACUCUGUACCAGGUUGCCCUGGGAGAUCUCUGGCUGUGACUCAGUAACUUGGCCCUUCCUCGGGUGAUUUGGGCAUCAUGCUUACCGUAAUUCCAGAAGAUGGAGGGCUAGCGUAAGAUUUAUUAAAAACACAUUAGAGAAGCUAGCAGGAAGCUCUUGCUAGUUAUCUAGUACUUAUACUCAUCAAAGGAGUCUUACUAAUCUUCAAUUUAAAAAAAAUUUAAAAAUUAAUUGAUUACUUCUGAUGACAUAGUAAAUGCUUAUAUUAACUUCCUAUCAUUUCAUUGAUUUAUUGAUUUAUUUUGAAUAAAUAUUGGGUAGUAUCUGUCUCUAAUAUAAAAAAGGAGUCUUACGAACUCUAUGCCAACUGUGUGUAUGUGUAUGUGUAUGUGCGUGUGUAAAUAAUUAAUUAAAUUACUUUUGACUGAGACCUGAUGAUUUUGGGUAGUGUAGGGACAGGGGAAGUAAAUAAGGGUGGAAUUUUGAAAAAGUAAAGUCUCCCCAUUCAGAUUAUAACCUCCAUAUUAUGUUUAUCUUUUCUAGAAGGUAGAAGGAAACUAACAUCACUUGAGUACCAGCUAUAUGUCAGGGAAUUUUCUGCCUUGACUCAUUACAUUCUUACGAAAAGUCCUUGGGAUAGAUAUUGUUAUCAUCCCAACAUAAUAAACAAAACAGAAACGGGGACUUAGAGAGAAGACUCGCUUGUACGUAUAACAAAUACGUUUACCAAAAACACACAUAUACCAGGAGAGUUUAUUUCUAUUUUCACCUUAUGUUCAAAAUAAAUGACCAGAGGGGGAGAACAAGCUUGAUCACUUUUAAGAGCAGAGUCAAUUUAUGUCUUCAGAAAGACAAGUGGAAUAUUUAGCAGAGGAUAAUUUUUAGUAUUUUUGGCCAAAGAGCUUGAAUAUAAAUAGGGUCUUCAGAGAAGUGGAGAAAAUAUCUCUAGAACUCAGGAAUAUCAGAAUUGAUAAAUAUGCAGGUAAAUAUAAAAGUGCGGGGGGCUUCCCUGGUGGCUCAGUGGUUGA